UUCUGGGGCUGCAUCCGGGGCGUGCGCGGCGCCUAUUACAUCGCCGAAGGGCUGGGCCCUGACCGUGCCGCUCCCCGCAGCCGCCUCUACAGCUUGAACUGCGUCGAAUGGAGCCUCCUGCCACCAGUGACCGAGGAGAUGGUUGCCCAGACUGAGCAGCUGAAGGGCCGUUUCCAGGGGGAUCCUUCUUUUGAGUACGGGUACACUGAGAUAAACGCAGAAGAUGCUGAAAGAUUGUUUGAAGAUGGUAAGGAGCCCAUGAUCAAGGAGGAGUCCCGCCUUGUAGCUACAAUAGAACAGAUAGACAGAGCAGUUGGUAUCAUCCCCCGGGGGGCAUUUGUGAAGACUCCUCUUGGGUCUGUGCGUGAAAACAGAAACUUUGAAGGUCUUUCUUUGACGGAGGCAAAAAAGUUAAGUUCCUAUUUCCAUUUUACUGAGCCUGUUAACCUGAAGAAUAAAACCCUGCUGGAGAAGGCUGAUCUGGACCCAUCCACUGACUUUCUAGACUCUCUGGAGCAUGAUAUCCCACAAGGCUCCUGGACUGUCCAGCUAGAGAAGGGAGGCACAGUGGUGGUGCUGCGGAGCCUGCUGUGGCUGGGACUGACGUUCUACCAUGUCCCAAUGACCAAGCAGUAUGGCUACGUCUACUUUGGCACCGGUGAGAAGAACUUAGAUCUGCCCUUCAUGCUGUGACUCUCCUGUCUGGGACGAGGACUGGAGAAAACAUUUAGAUUUUAUACUUACGAGGUUUUUGUUUACUGCUUGUUCUAAUAAAUGUUUGAAACCUC